AUGGAUUCAUUAUAUAAUUUUUCUUUACCUGCAGCAGGAGACCCUUUGUCCCUACAAAGGGAGGAGACACCUACAUUUAGGGAACUGCAGCAAACAGAUCUACGUGUCUCCCUCUCUGCUGUACAGACAGCUGAAUGCAUGCAGGAUGGGGCUUUCCAACGAACUCUUAGACAGCUGCAGCAACUGCUGCAGCAUCAGCAACAACCACCGCAGCAACAGCAACUGCAGCAGCAAGAAUUUCUUACACUGCAGCAGCAGCAGCAGCAGCAGCAGCAGCAGCAGCCGCCACAAGUUCGUGCCCUUGAAUUUCUUACACAAUCCAACUUUGAUGAUUUCUUUUGUCUCCUUAAGUGUUGGCUACGUGGCCCUGAAGGUCCAAGACAGCCCCUGCUGCAGCAGCAACUUGCUGCUUUGCUGCAGCAGCUAGGGGAGACAGUUUGUGCUGCUGCUGCUGCUCUCCCUACAGAGGAUAGACCCCAAGGAAGAUUAGAUUUGCUGCUGCAGAUGCAGCGGCGUGUGCUGCUGCAGCCGCAGCAGCAGCAAGACGAUGAUGACCAACAAGACCACCACCACCACCAACAGCAGCAGCAGCAGCAGCAGCAGCAGCAGGAAGGAGACACAGAGGAGACAGGCAGCAAUGCUGUUAAGGCAUUAAGGGCAGCAGAGGCACAAGAGGGAGUAACUGAAGGUCGUAAAAGAAGCAGGAAGGGACAAAGUGUCUCUAAGAGCAGCAACAGAGACAGGGGAGAAUUAGGAGACACGCAGCAAUCUGCUGCUGCUGCUGCAGCAGCAGCAGCAGCAGAUGCAACAGAUCAUCUACUGUCUCUUCUUACUGUCCUUGUAGAAACAGCUAAGAGACUAGCACAGUCCGAAGCAAAUUGGCGGCUGUUUUCUGCUGCUAAGGGGGAGGAGUUGCAUACACUGCAGCAGCAGCAGCAGCUGCUGCUGCAUGUAUUCCUGAUGGGUAUUUCCUUGAAUAGAGAGAACAGCAGCAGCAGCAUAAUCAACAGCAGCAGCAGCAGCAGCAGCAGCAGCAAGAGACUAAUAAUGCCAGAAGCAGCAGAUGCUGUUGUUGCUGCAGCAAAAGACGGACUUAAAAGUUUGCUGCUGCUGCUAGAGCAGCAGCUAAAGUUGCUGCUGCAGCGGAAGCGUCAGGAAGCAGCACAGCAGCAGCAGCAGGAACAACAGCAGCAGCAGCAGCAACAGCAGCAGCGGGAGACAACAGCAACAGAUUCGGAUCUACAGGAAGAAGAGACACCUGAGGAAGGAGCAGCAGCAAUAAAAAAGGAGGCAAAAGAUGCAGAGACACCGCAGCAGCAGCAGCAGCAGCAGCAACAGCAACAACAGCCAGAGGAAUUUACUAGCGAAGAAAUGGAGACACUAUUGAUGGAGUCUGCAACAGAGGAGACACUUCUUUGGGUGUCUCCUCUUAAGUCUGUCCUGCUGCAGCAAGAGUUCGAAGUUAUUGUUAAAAUAUUAUACUCUAUUGUAAGGGUUUAG